UCAGGUAUCGCAGCUGAAUAUUAUUGUCCGCUGCACGCACCAAAUAAAUUUUGUGAGAGCCGUAUCAGCCGCGAGACGGAGUACUUUUCUUUGACGUCGUAUGGUUACGUUUUGUGUGGAGUGUUUUUAGUUAUUUUCGUGACUAUUUUGACGAUAAUAUAGACAUUUUACGCGAUACAUUCGCUGUGUUUGAGUGGACAGUAUUUAUCAGAUCGAAAUAAGUGUGAGUAAACACUCCGAAGGGACAGAUUUCGAAAACGCAUUUCGCAAAAACAAUUGUACUGAAGAAAUUGACCGAGUGUUUGGCAACAAAUAAACUACGGUGGUAUCGAAACAAGCAAUCUCGACAAUAAUCUCGACAUUCCACCAUCUACAAAGACUGAUUUAGAACCUAAUGUUAAGGACAUUCCUCAGUUGACUUCCUUUAAUAAUAUGAUUACUGAGUAAAACCAAACAAGAGCCAAGAUGUUCAAGCUACUGGGCGGUUUGAGCGUGUACUUCAAGUACAACCCGAUCAAGACUGACAAUGCUGUGUUCAGGCUGCAUAAUGUGUUCACGACAGUACUGCUGCUCACUUGCUCAAUCAUCAUCACAGCAACGCAGUACGUGGGGCAGCCGAUUCAGUGCAUCGUGAGUGGGCUACCAACGAAUGUGGUCAACACUUUCUGUUGGAUCACUUCGACGUUUACGAUGCCAGACGCGUUCGCCAGGGAGGUUGGCAAAGAGGUAGCGCAUCCAGGUAUCGCCAACGAAUAUGACGGUUCGCAGGAGAAGAAGUACUACACGUACUACCAGUGGGUGUGUUUCGUACUAUUCUUCCAGGCGAUCAUGUGCUACACGCCCAAGUUCCUCUGGGACGCGUUCGAGGGCGGUCUACUGCGCACCAUCAUCAUGGGGCUGAACGUGGGCGUCUGCCACCAGGAGGAGAAGGACAAGAAGAAGGACGUGCUCAUCGACUACCUCUUACGGUAUCAGAGGAUGCACAAACUCUACGCGCUGCGGUACUGGGGCUGCGAGUUGCUGUGCCUGGUCAACAUCGUGGUGCAACUGUGGAUGAUGGACAGCUUCUUCAACGGGGAGUUCUUCUCCUACGGCACCCGGGUCUUAGGCUACAGCGAGGUGCCGCAAGAAGAGAGAUACGAUCCGAUGAUAUACGUAUUCCCGCGCAUAACAAAGUGUACGUUCCACAAGUUCGGUGCCUCAGGCAGUAUUCAAACCCACGACAGUUUGUGCAUCCUGCCGCUGAACAUCGUCAACGAGAAGACCUACAUCUUCCUUUGGUUCUGGUACAUCAUCCUGGCGAUUAUACUGACGCUCUUAGUGAUAUACAGGUGA